GGCAGGGGCGGACUGACAACUCAUGGGGCCCCCGGGCAAUAGGGGAUCAUGGGGCCCCUAUGUCCUUGCCCAAACUCAAAAAAGCCUAUGAAAAAGGUACCAGGGGCAUCUCAUGGGGCCCCCUACUGACUCCAGGCCCUCGGGCAGUGCCCGAGUUUCCAAAUGGUCAGUCCGCCCCUGAGUAUACCAUCCCUUCAGAGCGCAUGCGCCAGUGACAUCUCCGGUUGAAGAAAUAGAGAAGAUCUCCUAAAUGUUGCAUAUUUUGGAAAUAUUCCUGGUACCUACAGGUAAUCUUUAUUAUAAGCUUUCCUGUAGG